AUGGCUGAUAGUUGGGAUGGGAGUUAUGACCAUGGAAGUCAAUCAGAAGAGAGCUACCAUUUUGAAAGACUCCACAUGGAGCCUAUCUAUGAUUCCUUCAUCUGUCCUUUAACCAAGCAAGUCAUGAAAGAUCCUGUCAGCUUGGAAAACGGCCAGACGUUCGACCGGGAGGCGAUCGAGAGAUGGUUCAAGGAAUGUAGGGAUAGUGGGAGGAAGUUAGUGUGUCCAAUGACGCAGAAGGAGCUCAAGAGCAUUGAGCUGAACCCCAGCAUAGCUCUGCGACAUACCAUCGAAGAGUGGACUGCUAGGAAUGAAGCUGUUCAGCUCGAUAUGGCGAGAAGGUCGUUGAAUCUAAGCAGUCCGGAGAGCGAGAUUCUUCAGUCGUUGCAAUAUAUUCAAUACAUCUGUCAGAAGAGUCGGUCAAACAAGCAUGAUGUGAGGAACAACGAGCUGAUACCGAUGAUUGUUCUUAUGUUGAAGAGUAGCAGUAGGAGAGCAAGGUGUAGGGCGUUGGAGACUCUGCGAAUUGUGGUUGAAGAUGAUGCUGAUAAUAAGGCGAUAUUGGGGGAAGGCGACACAGUCCGCACGAUUGUGAAAUUCUUGUCACAUGAGCAAUCUAAAGAGAGGGAGCAAGCUGUCUCGUUGCUAUACGAGCUCUCCAAAUUGGAAGCUUUGUGCGAGAAGAUCGGUUCAGUGAAUGGAGCGAUUCUGAUAUUGGUUGGAAUGACUAGCAGCAAGUCUGAAAAUGUUGCUACUGUUGAGAAGGCUGACAGAACACUGGAGAAUCUGGAGAAGUGUGAGAACAAUGUCCUGCAGAUGGCUGUAAACGGUAGACUGCAGCCUCUUCUGAAUCACAUUCUUGAAGGUCCACUGGAAACCAAGCUCUCAAUGGCAUCUUAUCUCGGCGAGCUAGUUCUCAACAAUGACGUCCAAGUUUUUGUGGCCAGAACUGUUGGCUCAUCUCUAAUCACCAUCAUGAGAAGUGGCAAUCCACAGUCGAGAGAAGCUUCACUGAAAGCUCUGAACCAGAUUUCGUGCUGCGAGAAAAGUGCCAGAAUCCUUAUCGAGGAAGGAAUUCUCCCACCACUCGUCAAGGACCUCUUCACCGUGGGUUCCAAUCAACUCCCCAUGCGUCUCAAAGAAGUCUCCGCCACAAUUCUCGCCAAUGUGGUCAACUCAGGGUAUGAAUUUGAUGUGAUCCAGGUUGGUUCAGAUCAUCAGACACUGGUUUCAGAAGAGAUAGUUCAUAAUUUGCUCCAUUUGAUCAGCAACACGGGACCCGGUAUUGAAUGCAAGCUUCUCCAGGUUCUGGUUGGGCUGACGUGUAGUCAGGCCACUGUUCUGAACGUGGUAGCUGCUAUCAAGAGCUCGGGAGCUAUCAUCAGCUUGGUUCAGUUCAUAGAAGCUCCACAGAAGGAUCUCCGGCUACCUUCCAUCAAACUUCUGCAGAAUUUGUCCCCUCACAUGGGACAAGAGCUGACAGAUGCACUGCGUGGCACGGUGGGCCAGCUUGGGAGCUUAAUCCGAGUGGUGUCGGAAAACUUGGGGAUCACAGAAGAGCAGGCUGCUGCUAUUGGUCUCUUAGCCGAGCUCCCUGAGCGAGAUUUAGGCCUCACUCGACAGAUGCUGGACGACAGAGCGUUCGAGCUGAUCUUCUCCAGAGUGGUCAAGAUCAGACAGGGUGAGAUUCGUGGGACCCGAUUUGUAACCCCAUUUCUCGAGGGACUGGUCAAAGUCCUUGCUCGGGUCACAUUCGUGCUGGGGGAAGAGCACGAUGCUGUGUCGUUUUGUCGCGAGCACGAGCUGACUCGCUUGUUCAUCGAGCUGCUUCAGUCCAAUGGUCUUGACAAUGUUCAAAUGAGCUCGGCCGUGGCAUUAGAGAAUUUGUCCCAGGAGUCCAAGAACCUGACCAAACUGCCUGAUCUGCCCACCCCAAGCUUCUGUUCGUCGGUCUUCCCAUGUUUCAGCAGACCACCCGUGAUCACCGGGCUGUGUAGGCUCCACCGGGGGACAUGUUCCUUGAAGGAGACGUUUUGUCUGUUGGAAGGUCAGGGCGUCGAGAAACUGGUGGCCCUGUUGGAUCAUAACAACGAGAGAGUCGUCGAGGCAGCUCUUGCUGCUGUUUGCACGCUUCUGGAGGACGGUGUGGACAUUGAGCAAGGGAUGAAAGUGUUGUGUGAGGCGGAAGGGAUUCGACCGAUCAUCGAUGUGUUGGUCGAGAAGAGGACGGAGAAUCUGAGGAGGAGAGCUGUGUGGGCAAUGGAGCGGUUAUUGAGGUCCGAGGAGAUCGCGUACGAGAUUUCUGGGGAUAACAAUGUCGGGACUGCCCUCGUUGAUGCAUUUCAGCAUGCUGAUUACAGGACGAGGCAGAUUGCUGAGCGUGCGCUGAGACAUGUAGAUAAGAUACCCAACUUUUCUGGGGUGUUUCCCAACUUGGGUGGCGGUUGA